ACAACUGGAGGGUCUGAAGAUGAUCAGCAGUGCUGAAAGUACUGACCACGAAUGAUACUGCUCACCCCAACCAAUUUUCACACGGAGUGUUGGAGAUAUUAAAGCGCCGCAAUACCCCGGACUGUCCAAAAUGAUGGAGAGGACUGCACUACUGGCUUUGUGCUGUCUGCUGAUGCCUAUAUCUUGUUCUCCUCGAUAUCCAUCACUGAAGUUUGGACACAGAGCUACAUCCAUCUUAAUGAGCUCGACAUUGGAAGAUCCUUUGCAGCUACCAAAAACUGAUUAUAGCUCGUCACAGACACAGGAAGCAGUGUUUAGAACUGGAAGACAUGCAGAUGCCAUCUUCACAAAUAGCUACAGGAAGGUGUUGGGUCAGAUCUCCGCCAGAAAGUUUCUUCAGUCCGUCAUGGGGAAGAGACUGGGGGAGGACACUGAACGCUUUGAGAAACGCCAGUCAGGCAUUUAUGAGGACACCUUCAAACAGGACCUCACAGCCAUCCAGAAAGAGGAGAGGUAUCGGGGCCAGCAACAGGAUAUUCAGAGGCUCAGGCACUUUCAGUUUCCACUAUGAUAAGGGUCUCCGGAGAAGAUCUAAAGCCUCUUCACAAGGAAAUCUUUUCCUCAGCUCUAAACACGGGAGAUCAACUGAUCAUCUUGCCCUCUCCACCCUGGAUUGAACUGUCUACUCUUUUUUUUUUGUAUGCACUUCAAAAAUAAGUGUGGAAUGUAUGAAAAUUGCACUGAAUAAAUAGUACAUUAA